AUGGCACCUGUGACAAAGACACCAAUCGCGUUGAUUCUUUUAGAGAUGGCAAUCUCUACCACAGCCGUGAUACUGUUUAGUCUUGCGUAUCCAGCGAGCUUUAGGUCAAGGCUGUGGGAGAACGGAGGCGAAGAAGGCUGGAACUCGAAUCCUAACAAGCGCAUUUACUUCUACGCCAACAAUCGCGAACCGCCCGAGGUGCCUCUUAUUUGGAGUCAAAGAUUGCACACCUCGAACCUCGCCAUCGCGAUCCUUGGCUUUGUCGUCUUCUUCGCUCGUACCGCCAUGUCCCACCUCCGUUACCUCCCUCGAUACGCAAACAUGAUCUACGAUAUAAUCCUCCUUGGUUUCUGGGCAGUGAGCAUCACAGGUCAAACAUCGAGCGACUUCUCCGACCCUGAACAUCCGAGUGUGCAUCCUUGGUACCUGACACGGGGCUGCUCAGUAGCGUGGGACAGGACUGAAGGAUAUUGCCGUACAGCGCAGGCAGGAUUCGCAUUGUCGAUCAUGGCUAUGGUCCUGUACGGUGCGAGGUUGAUGCGAGAGGUUGUUCUGAUAGCCUACGAAAGAGGGCAGCGUGACCAACCGAAGUGGUCUGCCCAAGAUGAUGGGGUCGAACCGAUGGAGAGCAUAUACACAGACGGGGAAUGGGACUCGGCAUCCAGAUCAAAGGUGGUCGAGGAUAUUCAGAGUCAAGCCUUGAGUCCAGUUCUAGCAUUCUUCCCUUCUGAUACAGAUAAUCGUUGA